AUUAUCAUAAUUGCAAUUAUUGCUUGCACUGCAAUGUCACGCCCAUCAAGCUAAAAUUAAAAUCACAAAGAGAAAAUGUCUGGUCCAGGUGGUUAUCCUGUUCAAAAGACUCCUGGAAGUGCUUAUCCUCAGCAACAGGGAUAUCCACAGCAACAACCCUCCGCACAUCAACAAGAGCAACCGCCAGCCUAUCAGCCUCAAGGCUAUCCUCAGCAGCAACCCCAGGGGUAUCCACAGCAAAACCCACCCUAUCCUCAACAGAUGGGAUAUCCUCAGCAGCAACAGCCACCAUUUCGACCACCUGUGGCAGUAUUUAAUCAAGAUGCUGUAGUUGAUCCAAAUAAACCCAUUGUGAUACCACCUCCUCCUCCUGGCUAUGCACCAACUGCAGCACAGCAGGCUUAUGCACAAGGUGGGGCAGUUCAUGUUGUCAAAGAGGAAAAGGACAACCUUGGAGGAGGAUCUGAUGGUGGCAUGACCAUUUGGUGAACUUUCAAGAUGAGAUUUGUCUUUUUUGUCUUUCUAUCACUUUAAUAUUUUUAUUAGUUCAAACAAAUAAAGAAUAUUUAGUCAAUGUCAGUAGUAUCAAUCUUUGCUUUAUUUUCAUUGUGGCUUUACCUUCAUGAUUCAUUAU